UUUUAGAUUUAACUUGUCAACACUGUUACCCGCCAUUAAUUCAGAAUCGCAAUGCCUACUAAGAAGAAGAAAGCUUUUACAAAAGAUAAUUCAGUGAAAUAUUUAUUGUUGCAUGGUAAUACAGAAGCAGUAAAUGCUGAUGGUGAAACACUUCAAAAUGUUUUUGUUCCUGUCUCAAAAAAUUAUAAGGCGGGAAGCUCACUGCUCUUUUCAAAUCUUCCUCCAGUAUGUCAAGAAUCUGUUCAGGAGGAAGACUUGAAAUCAGAAGACCAUGAUUUAGAAAAAAUAAUGGAAACAUUUGAUGAUGAUUCAGAUUUGGAUGAAGAAAACAUAAGUUUUUUCCCUGCUGACAUGAAGAAUGAGAGUGUAUUUGAGAGUCACAACAGGUCAAAACGCCCUCUGUACAAGUUAGAUGUUGAAAAAGUUAAGGAAGACUCUGAAGAUGAGAGUAAUUAUUCUGAUGCAUGCUCUCAGUUCUCUGAUGCUGACAUAAUUGAAAUGUUUCCUGGAUUUUCAUUAACUUCAGCAAGGUCAGAUGGUCCCAAAUGUAUUAAAACUUUUAACGAAAGGUUUGAGAAAGUUUUUGAGGAAUAUGAUGAUGAUCAAAUUGGUGCUUUGGAUGAUGAAGAAAUAUGUGGCCAUUUAUCUGCAGAGAGUGAAAGAGUGCAGUCUCUAUUAGGUUCUAGAAAAGAAGAGGAGAAAAUCGAGUUGGGUAGCUGUGAUGAAAGCUUAAAAGAAAAAAUAUUACAGUAUGCAGAAACUAAAGAAGAAGAAAAGAUUGUUGAAGUUUUCUUAGAAAAGCCUUUAGAGUUUGACUGUGAAUCAAUAUUAAGUACAUAUUCAAACAAGUAUAAUCAUCCAACUGUGAUAAGAGAAAAACCUAAAAAGGUACUGACUAAGCACAACUUAAAGCAGUUUAAUAAUAAAAAUAAAGAUGAGAAGACUGAUGGUGAAGAUCAUAAUGAUAGUUCAGUAGUCACAAGUGAUGAUGAUAAAGUUUCAGUAGCCUCAAGCUUUAAUAAUAGGUGUCAGGGUGAAACGCCAGAACAGAGAAGAGAAAGAAAACGUUUAUUCAAAGAAUUUAAAAGGCAAAACAGAAUUUUGAAGAAAGAGUGCAAGCUUGCUCACCAAUAUGCUAUGAGAAUGGAAAAAUCUCAACAGGCAAAAAAUCAAGAAAAAGUAGUUAAGUUGUUGUAAUAAUCUCAAAUAGAAAUUACAUCUGUAUAUAAUAUUUGGAUUUUAAUAAAUACAUUAUUUUGAAGUUGAAAAUCUGAAAA